ACCGGAGGCUUCUCACAUCUCCUUUACAUUUGCUCUCCUCACCGUUACAGUCACACACUCUCUCUUCUGCUAAACAAAAGCCUAAAACCCUAAACUCUACUCCACAGAAAGAAGAAGAAGAAGAAGAAGAAGAUGUUUGGGGUUGUUUUCCCCAACCGUAGCUUCCCAAUGGACAUCUCCUCCUUCUCCCAAAUCGACACUUUCCAUUGGGUCCUCGACAUGAACACCUUCGUAGGUGAGGCGUACGAUCAGGUUCGUGAAAUGUGCAUAUUCCUCUUAAACGGCUUCCAGCUGCCGGCGGACAGAGCCCUGGCCGUUUACAUCCAGUCUCCCGGCUCCGCCUUCCUCUUCUGCGGCGCCGUCACCGUCGCUCGCCCCUCGGCGGUGCUCUCCCUCCCCUGGCCGGAGCCCGGUGGCCAGCUCCAGCUCACCGCCGACGCCGCCCCACUCUCCGCCAAGAUCGGGGUCUCGGUCGAGGACCUGGCCACGCUGCCGUCUCUGGAUGUCACCGCCGAGAAGCGAAUUGAGCGUUUGGCGAUGAAGGUUGGGGAGAAUCUGUUCAAUUUUAUGCAGUCGUUUUGUGGCGUCGAUGGCUCCAAGCUGGUGGUGCCCAUGGAUAUAUUGGAUCGGUGGUUCAAGAAGUUCCAGGAGAGGGCUAAGCGAGACCCCGAGUACUUGAAGGGCUUCGUUUUGUAAGUUCACUCACUUUUUUGUUUUAACUCUAUCAACCUUUCUGUAAACUCUGAAUCCUAUCAACUCAAUCUUCUGUAGAAUUUUCACUUGUUAGAACUUUGCUUCUUUCAAUCUGACAGUGAGAAACCCCCAAAUUUGGGGAUCCGUGUGUGAAUUGUUUAAUCUUCUAUGAAUGACAUAUAUCUUGUUACAUUGAUUCAAAA